AUGGAACUUUUAUAUCUAGGAUAUAAGGCGUACUUCGACAGGUUCGACACCAAAUCAUUUCAAACCGAAUAUACCACGAGAGACUGCAACUCCGAGGAACCCUUGCUAUACAGUCAAGUACCAAAGCACCCAUGGAAUGAACCUCGCCGUCCUCCUGCAGCCAGUAGGUACAUAUCGUAUGGAACUGCAGCCAAACCGACGCAUCUAAGGCCACCGUUUGCGGCGCGAAUGUUAAGUUAUAUCCCGGAUGCCGAGGGAAAAUAUACUGAGCAAAAAUCACCUCAUGCAGAGAAAGAAAAAUCACGUCGGCUCAUGUAUUCUUUUGAUAAAAGAGAAACUUGCAGAGAAACGCAUUUAACUGAUCUAAGACCAAAAUGUUCUGGCGAUUUAAAUACAUUGCUUACUACCCAGUCGUCAGAAAACAGCUCACCCAAGAAGAAUUUGACAGACGGUCAAGUGUUACAGAAGCUGGGAGUUUCAUCACCACACGCCUUAUGCAAUGCGAAAAAAGUUCAGCUAAGGAAUCAUUCAAGUUUAUCGCAACUUAAACAAAAUCAAAUUAACCAUUAUAUGUUGGAUCCGCAGUCGCCGUUACGGCACUCAUCACUCUUUCUGUCAGUAACAAGCAGCCUCGAACCUUCACAAAGAGGUUUGUGACGCCAGCAUUAGCUCGGGAUCGCGAAACCAUGGCGUCACACUUUACUAGCAAAAAUAGAGAGCAGGUACUGGAGAGAGUGGCCCUAAGGCCCAGCACGUUGUUGUCCAAGCACUUGAAGAAUGUACGUUAUGUUCGCGAUACCUGUUUCUUCCACCCCACUGAAGACAGAAAGAAACACUAUUAUGUUGUCAAUCCUAAUUGGUUUUCAGAACAGCGGGUAAAAAUUCCCAAGAACAACGUGUCCUCAUAA